CUGAGCCCCACGCUAUCCUACUUGUAUACAAUCUGUAAGCUGAUUGGCCACAUUCCAUGAAAUGUACCAAUCCACUCCUCCGUGAAAAUUGUUCUGGUCGAUGAUUCGCAGAAACCCCUCUUUUUUCUAUCAUUUUCUUCCCUGUCUCUCGCUUCUGAUAUUCCACGAAGUAAACAAUCAACCAUGGGUACUUCCGAGCCAUUCCCCGUGUCUUUAUCGGACCUACACUUCCCCUCCACAGAACAACAGACCAUUUCCCAGACUCUCUCCUCGCUGCGCCGGUCAGCCCUCUCCAUCACCAACCGCCUCCGUUCCGUGCAGUCCGAUGCCAGUUUCGUGCAGGAGGUUGCAGACCACUACGAUCUGCCGCUGGUUGCCAAUGAGCGCUGCGGGAGUUGGUAUAUCCCUCCCAACGCCAAGGCUGGCAGCGCAUACUUCAAAAGCACAGACGGCCAUACCGGGCAGUGGGACUUUAGCUUUCGUAGGCUGAAUUUGCAAGUUUUUCCUGUUGCGAGGGAGCACGGGGGAUGUAUUAUCGUGGAUUCUACCCGUCGGGGGAAAUUGAUGCCUGAUGCCCUCUCCAAGACCGUUCCAAUAUGGUGCGCUGUCGUCAAUCGGGCCUUGUUCCCCUCCGAAACGGACUAUCACGCCGUGGAGUUUCCGCCGGAGUAUCUGCCGGCUUCCGAGGAGUCGCAGAUUGAAAACAGAAUUGAUAGUUUUGUCCAGUCUCUCAAGGACCUCAAACUCGACCUAGACAACCUACGUCAACAACUAACCAAACCCAUCCGCGUGGCAUGGGCCAACCGAUCCUACUUCUACCCAACCGACCUACCCAAAGACCCCAAAUACAACCUCAUAGUGCUAUGCUCCGCCUCCAAGCGCGUGCACGGCGCCGAAAUGUCCGAAGGCGGCUACAUCCAAGGCGCGGGGGAUGACAGCGAAGGCUGGGCUCACGGACUCACCCCGCCCGUUUUCUGGGCCAACCAGCCCGUGCUCUUCUCCACGCACGAGGAGGAUUUGCCGUCCGUCAUACAGGACCUCGUGGAUGAACACCGGCGACAGGAUACGGGUCAUCAGGCGAUCCUUGUUGCGCCCACUAAGAAUCUGUAUAUUAGCCAGACGGAUCCAAGCUUGAAUGAGAGUGGGCGCUAUGACCUGGUCAUUGAUUGUAACGGUGGCCCUGAGGCGGAGGCGGUGCAGGGGAAUCCGAGAAGGCUGAAUUUGGGGUGUGGGCAUUCGAAGUUGGGGAGUCGGGAUCUGAGGAAGCAGUUGGAUAAGGUCAAGGAGUUUGUGGAGACGCAGAUGGCUAAGGAUCCGAGUAGUUCGCUGCUUGUGACUUGUGAGACGGGGAAGGAUUUGUCUCCGGCGGCUUUGCUCGCGGUUCUGUGUUUGUUCUACAAUGAUGAUGGCGAGUUUAUCACAUCUCCAGCAAGCCGUGUGAUAGAAAAGCAAUUCAUUCGCCAACGUCUCGCCUGGAUCGUAUCGUCCAAGCACGAUGUCAACCCUUCUCGCUCAACACUUCAAUCAGUCAACGCUUUCUUAAUGUCAUGACGAACACAUGGUAUUAAAUCGAGUCGCUAUCGAACAAAAUGUACAGAACAAAUAUACAAUGCACUUUACUCAUUCUCAACCGCCUCGACAAUAGCCCCCGCACUUCCCUGAUCAAGCGCGUUCAGCACAGCCAUGUCCUCCUCGCUGAUAUCAAAGUCGAAAAUACUAGCGUUGGCAACGAUCCGGACCGGGUCGUCUGUCUUGGGCAGCGGUACCCAUUGCUUCUGCAGAGCGUAGCGAAUCAAGACCUGCUGCGUCGUUUUUCCGUACUUAGUGGCAAGCUCAACCAGCGUAGGGUCGUUGGCUUUGUAGUUGCGAACAAUAGGCGAAUACGCUUCCACAACGAUACCGUUCUUCUUGCAGUACGCAUCGAUCACG